AUGGCGUCAUCGCCGACAUCGUCGUCUUACUCGUCGUAUUCAUCGCCGUUCGUUGCAUCGUCGUCGGCGGAUUCGAACUUCUCCGGCCUUCCGGUGAUGGCACUUAGGAACAAAAUCGUCGAGAAGAUUCUAGAGAAUCGAGUUACUCUCAUCGUUGGCGAAACCGGUUGCGGAAAGAGCUCGCAAGUCCCGCAAUUCUUACUAGAAGAAAACGUGGAGCCUAUACUUUGUACACAACCAAGAAGAUUUGCUGUUGUAGCUGUUGCAAGAAUGGUGGCAAAAGCUCGUAAUUGUGAAGUAGGUGAAGAGGUUGGGUAUCACAUUGGUCACUCAAGGGUCUUCUCAGCUAGAUCGAAAAUUGUAUUUAAAACGGCGGGGGUAUUGUUGGAUGAAAUGCGAGAGAAGGGAUUGAAAGCACUCAAAUAUAAAGUUAUUAUUCUUGAUGAAGUGCAUGAAAGAUCUGUGGAGUCUGAUCUUGUUCUUGUUUGCGUGAAGCAGUUUUUGCUAAAAAAUAAUGACAUGAGGGUGGUUUUGAUGUCUGCUACUGCUGAUAUUUCAAGGUAUCGUGAAUACUUCAAGGAUCUUGGUAGGGGUGAAAGAGUAGAAGUGUUAGCAAUCCCUCCUAGCACAGAUAAGAGCAUCAUAUAUCAGCGGAAAGUGACAUAUCUUGAACAGGUAAUCGAUCUUCUUGAUAUGGAAUCAGAAGACCCCUCUUUGAAAUAUUGUUCUGGACCAAGCCCAAUCAUGGCUGAAGCAAUUUUCAAACCUGAAGUCCACAAGCUUAUACAUGACUUGGUGUUAUAUAUUCACAAAAACGAACCAGAUAUUGAGAAGAGCAUUUUGGUCUUCCUUCCAACAUUCUAUGCGCUGGAACAGCAGUGGUUCCUCUUGAAACCAUUCAGUGAAUGUUUCAAGGUUCAUAUUUUACAUCGGAGUAUUGACACUGAACAAGCUCUCAAGGCAAUGAGAAUUUGGAAAUCCCAUCGUAAGAUAAUAUUGGCCACAAACAUUGCGGAAUCUUCUGUUACGAUACCCAAAGUAGGCUAUGUCAUUGAUUCCUGUCGAUCGUUGCAAGUUUACUGGGAUACUAAUCGGAGAAAAGAUUCUGCAGAGCUUGUAUGGGUUUCUAAAUCCCAGGCUGAACAGCGCAGGGGGAGAACUGGUCGGACUUGUGAUGGUCACGUGUAUCGCUUGGUUACAAGAUUGUUCUUUAAUCAGCUGGUGGAUUAUGAACCCCCGGCCAUACUGAGGUUGUCAUUAAGGCAACAAUUACUUCUCAUUUGCUGUGCUGAAUCUAGAGCCAUUAAUGACCCUAAAGUGUUGUUGCAGAAGGCCAUGGAUCCUCCACAACCCGAUGUUGUCGAGGAUGCACUGAAUCUGCUGGUUCAAAUUCGUGCAUUGGAAAAAGCAUCUCCUAGGGGUCACCAUGAGCCUACAUUUUUUGGACGACUGCUUGCCAGUUUCUCUCUGUCGUUUGAUGCUUCUCUCCUCAUUAUCAAAUUUGGGGAAAUAGGAAUGCUACGUGAAGGCAUUGUAUUUGGUAUUUUGAUGGAUCUCCAGCCUCUACCCAUUCUUUCUCCUUUUGGUCAGGAAAAUCGGUUUGUGGAAUACACUGAUUACUAUUAUAAUGGAAACAGCAAGGACACUGGUUUGGGUAGGAAGGAGGUGCUAUAUAUGGGAAACUUGAGUGCAUUUCAGUUCUGGCAAUGUGCUUUCAAGGACAAAUGUCGUCUUGAACGACUGAAACAGAUUCUUAAGGUUGAUAAUAAGGAAAACAGUCAAAUUCUAGACUCAAAGGUUGAGGAAGAAUGGUGUUCAUUCCACUACCUUUUGCGGCCGGCACUCCACCAAGUCACUGAAACGUAUGAUGAAAUCCUCCAUUCUCUGCAUCGGGUUCGACCCAAAUUUCUGGUGAUAUCUGAUAGUCUACCAUCUUAUAAUGAUCCAUAUGUCUCUCACACAUGCCAUCUCGAAUGUGAGCAAAAAGGGGAAACAGAUGCACUGGCUGUAGAGGAUGAACACCUUGAGCUUGAUAGUGAGUUGAGAAGAUGUGUUGCUGUACCUUUUGCUGGAUGCAGUGAUUAUCAAAUGGAUAAGAUGGCUAGAAAUUUGGCAUUGAUCGUCAAAGAGAUGAGAAUCCAACUUACUGAGGAUGCAUCUGAAGAACGGCAUAGAUUACUCGAUGAUGACAGAAGUCAUGUUGCUGGAGGUGCAUCACUGUGUAAAUUUUUCAUUAACGGCUUGUGCAACAGGGGUAGCCAAUGUUUAUUUUCUCAUUCACUCCAAGCAAAAAGACCUGUUUGCAAAUUCUUUUUCUCUUUACAGGGAUGUCGCAAUGGAGAUUCAUGCUUCUUCUCUCACGAAUCUGGUACAAUAGCGAUCUCAUGUAGUGACUUGAGUUUGUGCAGCCAAGAUGACAGAGACGCUGAUGCAGCAUCUCUUGUUCGAUUUUUUCCUGAGUCUUCUUCAGAUGGAUACAUACUAUUAUUGGAGGACAUCGAUCUUUAUUUUUCUACAUAUAUUUCUUAUCACUAUGACUCUUCCUGUAUAAUUUCCACAUCAUCUCAACCAGAUCCCCUCAUUCCUGACCCAUCAGGCAUCAAAAUUUUGUGGGGACUUAGUCAUCCAUAUCAGACCAUCAUGUCCAGAGCAGGGGAAAACACAGUUCCAUGGAAUGAAGUCAAAUGCGUAUUAUGGUUUCCUAGAUUUGAUCAUGAAUAUAAGGAAGGACAGAAAAGCUUCAUACAAACGUUUUUUGAGUAUCUGGCUAUCCGAAUAUUGGCAGACUCCCUGCAAGAAGUGGUAGUAAUCUUAACCAUGAACAACAUCCGAUUUUCCCAGUUACAGGUGGAAAAGUUGGCACGGGACAGUUUCUUCUUACUAAGAGAAUCAUUUCCAUUUGAUGAAUCAAGCUUUGGGCAGUUGUUUGAUGAGGUUGUGUAUAUGAAGUUGCUUGUUGGUGUCCUUAUGAAGGAAAAUGUCGAGGGGAAAGAUGUUGCUUUUUCUACCCUUGCAUUACCACCUCUUCCUCCAACAGAAAACCUGCCGCCUCCACCUCCUUCCUAG